CUUUUCUUCUGAACGAGAUAACUCCUCCUGUCUCCCCCUUUGCUGUUCAGAUCACCUGGUGUUUUAGGGGCAUUUUGACUCUGGGAAAUCCCCGCUUUGCAUACUUUAACUUUCAUUUUCGUUUAGAAGCAAUUUAUUUGAAUUAAUAAGAUAUGAAGAAAAUAGGCUGAAUUGAAGCACAGCAGCAAAGUACAAUGCGUGAUAUCAAACAUUCAAAUCUGUCCUGCACUAUUUUCUGGGAUCGACGUAAUAAAAUGUCUGGUAAGACGCAGUUUUCUUUUGCUGACUGCGUGUAACGUUUUUCACUGUAUUCUUCCGACUUUGAACAUUAAGGAGGAAAAAACAUACAUAUAUAUAAAAAAAAUUAAAAAUAGAGUCCUUGGCGAAAACUCAGGUCAUGACUUCUAGUCGGAGCUGACGUCAAAGUGCGUCUUUGUUUGGGUUGUGAACGUGUCGAGUCGGAAAAGGAAAGAUGUCCAUCGAUCCCUCUCCAUACGCAGCGCUGGACAGGUCUUUGCUGCGAAAGAAAAUGGGUUCAUCUGCAUCGAAGGAGAAGUGCUACGAUCCCAAAGACUCGACGCUGAAAUUUGUCGAUGGAGAUGAUGAUAUGGACUUUUUGUGCGAAGGCUUUAAAUCGCGAAGAGCGCAGAUGUCCUGCGGUCACACGGUGACCCCGAUGUCUCUCACUAAAUGGUGUCUGCAGCAGCUGGAAGAGGGAAAAAGCAAGUUUUCGUGUGGUGUCUGUAAAGCUGCAUGGCCUUAUGAGGAGGUCUGCAAGAUGGCUCUCCUGACCCCUGAAGAAAUGAAGAACUUGAAGAAAAUGAUGAAGAUCAAUGGCGCUGUUAGCAGAAAAUGUCCUGGAUGCAAGUCGUCUGUUGUUAAACAGGAUGAACUGAACCUCUGCGUCGGCUGCACAGCCUGUACAAAGAAGAGAGGACGCCCGUAUGAAUUCUGCUGGCAGUGUCAGAGGAAGUGGAAAGGUCCGAAACCGCGUUCGGACCGCUGUGAGAACGACGGCUGCAGCAACACGGCGCUGCAAACCCUGAGGAUCUGCCCAGAAAUCGUCUUCGACACGGUGUGGGGAAUCAGCGGGUGUCCCUCCAUCCGGGCCUGCCCCACCUGCGGGUCACUGCUGGAGCACAAGCGAAACCACUGCAAACACCUGUACUGCGCUCGAUGCGAGGUCAAGUUCUGCUUUGUGUGUCUGAAGACUUUUGCUGAAUGUUCGAAAACAAGUCAGAUAUCAGGGCCGUGCUCCAGCGGCGUCGCUCCCAGACAGACGGAGAUCCCUGUAUGGAGAAAAACCUAACGCUUCAUCCACAGAGUCCAGCACUUCUGUUUGUCUGGGAUUAAUCAACACCAAUGCGACCAACUGUGUUUUCAGAACCGUCUCUUGGAGACAGACAGUGUUUCUGCUCAGGAAUGUCAGAACAUUGGAAAUAUUGAGCAUAAACAAUUUAAAAGAUAAAACCAAAACCUGGAAUCGUUUGUUUCAGAAUCACGAUGGAUUCACUCUACAAAUCUUUCCACUUUUGUCACUUCCACAGUCACUGCAAUGUAUUUUUGUGGCAUUUUAUGUCAUAAACCAACAAAAUGUACCCAUAAAUGUGUUGUGGAAGAGAAAUGAUAAAUGAUUUAGUCUUUUUUUUUUAUUAUUCAAACAAA